AUGAGCGCAUCACCUUCACCGACGCCGUCGGCCCGCGACGAGCUCAUGUUCCUCGGCACGGCGUGUCACCACCGCGCGUGUAACCUGCACGACUUCCUCCCCUUCUACUGUCCCGCAUGCAAGAAGGCCUUCUGUCAGCCCCACUUCCUUCCCUCAUCGCAUGAAUGCACGGCGCCUCUCCCGCCAUCGAUGGUCGACCGCAUCGCGCCCCAGUGCCCGAUGUGUGACCAGGUCGUCAACUACGCACAGGGAAGCAUGGACCCGAAUGAGGCCGUCGAGCGACACAUCCUCUCCGGCACGUGUACCGGUGUCGAGGGCGGCGAGGCGCGUAAGAAGGCGCUCCUUCGCCAACGCAAGGACAAAGGAGAAGUGUGUUACCGCCGCGGCUGCAGCAAGGUCCUCGUCGUGCAGAUGAAGUGCGACGCGUGCGCACACUCUUUCUGCCCACAGCACCGCCAUGCGCCAGUACACUCAUGUACCGCCACGCCGGCGAGUUCACGAUCCGGCACACCUGUCGCCAAGGCCCCUCCAGCGGGGAAGAGCGCCAUGUCCCGCCUCCUCGGGAACCAGACAAAGCCGUUGCCUAAACCCGCUACGCCGGCAGCCAAGGCGCAGCCCGCCACGGCCCAAGUCGAGGCGCGCGCGGCGGCGGCUGCCGCGGCCAUGAAGCGUGCGGGACAGGACGUCAAGGUCCCCUUCGUCAAGAGCAAGGAGGAGAAGCGCGCGAACGACGAGAUGCAGUCGACGAUCAAGUCGCUCAAGACGCGGCACGACAAGGGAUUACUGACCCCGACCGAGGAGGUUCGAUACGCUGAGCUUGUUGGCAAGCAGGAGUCGCGGCGGAGAGGAGGUGUUGGGAGCGGGAGCGGCUCGAAGAAGGACAAAGACUGUGUCGUCAUGUAG